CGAGCGACUGCUGCUGCAGUUUCUUGUCGCGAGCGCUCGGUGCACGGUGUGGAAAUUCCGAACCACAGCGGCAUGAAGCUGCACGCAGACACCGCACGCGAAUCGCUGCGCCAUCCGUGAACGGCACAACACCGGCUCCGUAGCAGAGCAGCGGAUUAACAGCCGUUUGAGCGGGAAGGAUUUAGAUCCAGCGCGUUCCUGAGGGGAGAAGUUUGCUCACUGUGUCGGCUGGAGGUGAACGGGACACCAGCAGCGAGCAUGGCGGAGAGAAGUGGCCGGUUAAGCUUCCCCGGGAGCGGGGCGCUAAACAGACCGGUGCCUAUGAACCUGUUCGCCACCUGGGAGAUAGACGGCUCCUCUCCUAACUGCAUCCCCAGGUUGUGUAGCCUGACUUUGAAGAAGCUAGUUGUCAUGAAGGAACUUGACAAGGAGCUGAUUUCUGUUGUCAUUGCAGUCAAGAUUCAGGGCUCCAAACGAAUCCUGCGCUCCCAUGAGAUAGUGCUGCCUCCUGCUGGUGGGGUUGAGACUGAUCUCGCUCUCACAUUUUCACUACAGUACCCUCAUUUUCUGAAACGUGAAGGAAAUAAGUUGCAAAUCCUGCUUCAGCGGAGGAAGAGGUACAAAAACCGGACAAUUUUGGGUUACAAGACGUUGGCUGCUGGUUCUAUAGACAUGGCAGAGGUGAUGCAGCAUCCUGCCGAAGGUGGGCAGGUCUUGGCUCUUUGCAGUAAUCAGAAGGAGUUUCUGGGUAAAGUUGCUGAGAUUUGGAUCUAUUCCCUGUCCAGUCAGCCUAUAGACCACGAGGAGGCAGCCAUUCUUGGACAGAAAAUCAAAUGUUCAGAUAAUUACUCUGAAGAAGAGUAUGAAAGCUUCUCAUCGGAGCAGGAGGCCAGUGAUGAUGCAGCACAAGGACAGGAUCUUGAGGAUGACGAGUACGAGAUAAGAAAACCAAAAAAGCAGAGAAGGUCAAUAGUCCGGACGGCAUCGAUCACCAGGCAGCAGAACUUUAAGCAGCGCGUGGUGGCAUUGCUCAAACGCUUCAGAGUUUCUGAUGAGGUGUUAGACUCGGAGCAGGACCCAGCUGAGCCACCUCCAGAAGUAGAGGAAGAUCUGGAUCUGGAGAGUUUAGAGUUUGAGAAUCCGAGUGACAGUGGACCAGAUCUUGAUGACGAUGAAAGUGUUCUCAGCACCCCAAAACCUAAACUUAAGCCAUAUUUCGAAGGAAUUUCUCUAUCCAGCUCUCAGACAGAAAUUGGCAGCAUUCACAGCGUUAGGAGUCACAGAGAGCCGCCCAGUCCAAUGGAUCCUGAUAAAAUAAGGGCUGUAGGUGGAAAGUUUCAGAUGGAUAAUGAAUCUGAUAAUGUUUCAAUGGGUCAUCCUGAGGUUGUGACCCCUACCACAGAACUGGAGAUGAUGGACAACAUGGACUCUUUCAUGGAAAGGUUGCCUCCUACUGGCCGGAUGACCAAAACAGAGUCACUUAUCAUUCCAUCAAACCGAGUGGAGCCAAAGUUGGCAGGGCGACGAGGACGGAGCACAUCACUUAAAGAGAGGCAGCCCAGUCGACCGCCUAACGAGAGGGCCAACAGUCUGGACAACGAGCGCUCGUUUGACACACGCUGCCACCUACAGAUUCCACGUAAAACAGUUUAUGACCAGCUGAACCACAUCCUGGUGUCAGACAGUCAUCUUCCCGACAGCAUUAUCCUCAUUAACACCUCAGACUGGCAGGGCCAGUAUGUAUCUGAGGUGUUGCAGAAUCACGGUCUUCCUGUUGUGUGUACAUGCACCACGGCUGACAUACAGGCUGCUUUCAGCACCAUCAUCUCUCGCAUACAGAGAUUUUGUAACAGUAACUCAGUCACACCGUCUCCUGUGCGAAUCGGAGUAGCAGGAGCUCAGCAUUACCUGUCUGUCGUUUUGCGUUUGUUUGUGGAUCACCUGACACAUAAAACUCCCGACUGGCUCGGAUACCUGCGAUUCCUUAUUAUCCCUCUUGGGGUUCAUCCAGUGGCUAAAUAUCUGGCCAGUAUAGACUACAGAUAUAACAGCCUGUUCCAGGACUCAGCAUGGAAAGAUCUUUUCCACAAACCAGAAGCGCCGACCUCAGCAGUUCAGGACAGUCCAGAUGUGGUUUCGAGGGUAACACAGUACAUGUUGGGAGCGAAUGGAGCUCAUCAGCUGCCUAUAGCAGAGGCCAUGCUUACCUAUAAGCAGAAAAGGAAAAAGAGCUUUCAUUUUGAUUUUGCAGUAAGUCCUGAUGAAGACUCGUGUCAGAAAUUCAUUCCUUUUAUUGGGGUGGUGAAUGUGGGGAUUGUUGAACAAACUUCUGCCACAUCUGGCGAUUCAGACGACGCUGCUCCUGUGGGAUCUUCUCUUCUCUCGUCCACUCCUCCUGCACAGAUCUCCCCAUUACUGAAAGAAGCAUCUCCAACGCCUCCCUCUUCUCCUUCUGUACACAUGUCCAGUUCUCAAGGAGGAGGCCAGGGGGAGCUAAUGGGUCUUCAGGUUGAUUACUGGAUUGCUCCAUCAGAAAGGAAGAAAGAAGUGGAGAAGAGGGACUCCUCUGGCAAAAACACGCUCAAGGGCACCUUCCGCUCACUGCAGGUUAGCCGCCUCCCACUGGGCGGAGCAGAGACAACGCAUCAGCCAACCAUGUCCAUGAAUGUUGUCACCAAAGAGAAGAAUAAAAAGGUGAUGUUUCUUCCUAAAAAGACCAAGGAUAAAGAGGCGGAGUCUAAGAGUCAGGUGAUAGAGGGGAUAAGUCGACUCAUCUGCACAGCCAAACACCAGCAGACCAUGCUGAAAGUGUUGAUAGAUGGAGUUGAAUGGAACGAUGUGAAGUUUUUCCAGCUCGCGGCUCAGUGGUCAUCUCACGUCAAACACUUUCCGCUUGCCGUCUUUGGCCCCUCCAAAGGGCCUUAUUGAAUUACAGCCUCACAUCUUCACUCCUCUACGCUACGGCUGCCUUUACACUCAGUGCUGCCUGAUGUUUUUAUUUAAAAUAUCUGCUUUCUCACGGUUUGUGUCUGUUUUUUUUUUUGUUUUUGUUUUUGUUUUUUUGACAUUUGAUUGUUCUUUUAUGAAAGACUUGAUGCAGUCUUGGCAACAGGGCAUAUUUUUUUUGGACUACAUAUGUUAAAACCCUCCAGUGUUUAUAGCGAAAUGACUAAUGAACUGAUCUUUAAAACUGAUCUUUAACUCCGUAACUAGUGAGUUCUCAGUGGUUUUGUGUCAUUCAGCAAAGCUGUAUCCACACAUUUCAGCAGCAUUUCAGCGGCCAGCACACUUUUGGGAAAACAAACCAGCAAAAAGAAGGAAAGGAACUGUGCUUUGGUAAAUUGAAAGGACAAAAUCUGGAUUGGAUUUUGCUUCGGAUGAAUUUUCCAGAUGGCUUGGCUUUAUCCUGAAGAUGGCUGAAGCGUUUCCCCCCUCUCUAGUCGAGGUCAGAGAGUUUCUCGAAGGUUAAUUGUGUGUUUGUGUUGCAGUCUCCACCACGUCAUAUGUGGUUUACUUGGUUUACUUUGUAGGUUUGUUUGUAUGUGUGUGUGUGAAUGUAUUCACUGAAGGUACUGAACGCUAAAGCACUUUUAAAAAAAUUACUAGAUUGUGUUUUUGUUAUAUAAUGCUUCCUGUGGUGCACAGCGCUGUUCACUCCAGCUAUAAACUGCAGCAAAGCUUUGUGGGAACUUUGGAGACAGAAACUGGAUUGAGUGUCUGUGUCUACAUUAGACGGACCAGUGUCAAACCUGUGUGCUGCACUCUUUAAACACUUUUUUAAAAUGUAACUGUUUCUUGGAAUGAAAUGUAUGUUGUGUUCUGUUUUGUUUGUUGGCUUGUUUGAGGACAUUUUCUCGUGAGAUGUCCAAUUUCCCCCAGAUGCUGUAUCGGAUUUAGAAUAAUGUGCCUAAAACAUGGAGAAAUUUUAGAGUAGCGAUUCUCAAGAACAAGUCAUACUUCACCUCAAAAUCGAAAGAAAAGAAAUUCAUAUUUUGUUAUAAGGGAAUAAGGGAAAUGCAUAAUUUUUUAGGACAUACAAUUUAUUUUUUUGGUAAUAUUUGUUGUGGUAUGGUUUGUCUAAAAACAAAAAAUUAUUUUAAAAAAUAAUUAUGUGAUUAUUUUAUUAUUUUCACUACUAUAGUUAAUCCAUUAGGUGUUGUGAAAUAAAAAUGAACAAUACUUUUACACAUUUAUUAAUCUUGGUUAAUUUCUAAAUGUACUUUUUUUACAUUUCAAGUUGUAAAAAAUAACUUGAAAAAUAACUAAUAUAUUACAAAUUACCAGUGAAUAACAAUUUGAAUGUAUUGAAAUUAACAUUAAUCUAGAUUAAUAAACGAAAAAUAUUGUUCAUUGUUAAUUCAUGAGACCAAAUGCAUUAUUUAUUAUUGUAAAGUGCUGACAAAAAUCUAAUAAGAAUCACUUUUGAGAAUAAUUCAGAACAUUUGUCACUAUUCAGAAAAAACUUAAUGGCCAAAACAAACAUUUUCUUAGAUUUUGGGGUGAAAUAUGACCUGUUUCUUGAACACUAAACAAACAAGCUACAUAUAUGUCACUAUAUUUUAAUCUCACUAAAUGUAGCAUAUGAAUUCCAGUGUUCCACAGCCUGUGUGCGUAUACCUGCCUGUAGGUGACAUGAGCAUGUGUAGAUGCUAAUGUCUCAGUGUUAUAAAGGUAUUAGACAUGCCUUUUUCAUAAGGCCUUUAGCGAGGCUCUGAACAAUCUUUGAGAUGGUUUAGUCCUCAUUACUCAUGUAGAGUAGUUUUAAAUCAAAUGAUAUUGUGCCUCACUUGCUCCUUAGAAAGCCAAAAUACGUCAAACAAAUCCAUCCCAUAAUUCGACUCACAGACUCGCACUUGUCACGAUUAAGGCAAGGAAGUGGCAAACAUGUGCAAUGAGGUCAGUGUUGCUCUAUUUCUGGUCAGCAGAGAAUUUGGUGCAAUUUAAUGGAAAUAUUUCAUGCUUGUCCAGGUUCAUAAGUUAUCAUACACAGUAUGUAAGGAGCUGUGCUGAUGAUGUCAGCUUAUAGUUGAAGCUGUGCUAAAGAACUGUUUGUUUGCUGUUUAAAUGUAUACCUGCCACUAGUAUUAGUUUUGUUUUUGUUUUUUUAUUAAAAAAUAUAAUUUAAAAAUCUUUUAGCUUUUUAAUUUAAAGGUUCAGCUCCAGUUAUGGGGAUUACUCAGAUAAAUUUGUAUUUGUAUGAAAACCUGUUGAAAAAAAUACUACCACUGUAAUUCCGUACUGGAAUUUAAUAAAACUACACACACUAA